AUGGUUCAAAUCGUCCUCAGAGGCAGCGUGGACGGCAGCAGUCCUCCCGAGUGGCUGCUGGUGGAGCUUCAGGGAGAGAUGGUGUCCAGACACAACUCCGGCCUGGCAGGAAAUGUGAUGGGAGACCUGCUCUACACCAAAGAGGGGGUGCCAGUGCUGAUCGUGGGUCAUCACAUCCUGUACGGGAAGCAGGUCAAGCUGGAGAAAGUCUUCGCCGUCCUCACGAAGCGUUCUGACCACGAGCAGGAAACCCAGGGCGGUACCGAGGAUGAUGUCACACAGGUUCCCAUGGAGACGGACCAGCAGGGCUCCGCCUCCAAGUCUUACUACGUGACGGCCGUCAUCAAGCGGAAGCUGAUCUUUAAAACUCGUCCCAAACCGAUCAUCACCAACGUGCCCAAGAAGGUGUAGAGCGGGUCACUUGGGGUCAGAGGUCAAGAGACUGAACCCGAUGACCUUCAUGGAACUGAUCAGGACUGAACCUCGUGUUGAUCACUGCUGUACAUUGUUAAAUAAUUGUUGUAUUUUCAUUUGCUGUUGUUUCAUGCGUCUGUUCGUUUGCAGGAUUACAAAAAAACUACCGAAACUUGGUGAGAGGAUGUGGGAGGAGUCAGGGAAGAAUUUAUACAAUUUUCCUUUAACAUUUUGGGUAAUUUUUUUCGACAUUGUAAUUAUUUCC